UUUGAUAUGGUCGGCAGAGGUUUUACUCUCUUCUUGAUAAGUGUAUUUCUACUAAGUUGUAGCGAGUCGUUAGCUAGCCCGACCCGGAAUGAUUCGGGGGACUGGAUUCGAAUUCCUAACAAAUUCGGGGCGCUUGUUUGGACGCAUCGCUCGACACUAAAAGCUCAAUUGAAACUUCGAUCAGCUGCGGUCAGUCCGGAGCAGAUAUUCUUCGUUUUUUAUCGAGCAGAUCGGAAUUUUACAUUUCAACUUAAUGAACCAUUGGAUAAGUUGUUGAAGAGUAACGUGUUUGAUGCCUCUAACCCGACAAGAAUAAUCAUCCAUGGAUGGCAGAAUAACUGGAGCUCCCCGGUUAAUGAAGUGAUUCGAAAAGGCUAUCUCGAGCAAAAGGAUUACAAUGUGAUAGUCGUGGAUUGGUCCUACUGGGCCGAAAGUUGGAGUUAUUUCGAAGCUUACAAUAGUCUUCCAGGAGUUGGUGGCAUAGUGGCGCAGCUUAUUGAUAAGCUGAUGAUGCAGCUGGAUCAAGUUUAUCUGAUUGGACAUAGUUUGGGAGCACAUGUUGCAGGAAUUGCUGGAAAGUUGGUGAAAAGUAGCAAGAUUGAGACCAUCGUAGGCUUGGAUCCAGCUGGACCCCUUUUCUCAAUCAGUAGCUCGGAUAACAGGAUAGAUAUUAGUGAUGCAAAGUCUGUAGUAGUGAUACACACGAACGGUGGGUUUCUAGGAUUCUAUGAACCCUUAGGAACUGUUGAUUUCUAUCCAAAUGGCGGUAUAUCGCAGCCAGGCUGCGGAAUGGACUUCACUGGAAUGUGUUCACAUUCGAGGGCGUGGGAGCUUUUUGGUGCAUCGCUGUGGGAACCCGACUGGAAUCGAGUUGCAUGGAGGAUGGGCAGUGUUUUGGAAAUUCCGUCGCAUCCUUCGGGGGCGGUUUCUAUGGACUCGGCCAAGCUAGGCGGUGACCCACUGCUCGUUCCAUCAACCAAGGGCAUGUUCUACAUUGAAACAUAUGGAGAUAGCCCUUUCUUUGGAAAGAAGAGGCUUUAAGACGCUAUCCAAUAAUUUAGAAUGUGUAAUCAAAACCGUCAAAUAAAAAAAAAUCAGGAUUUUGGAAUAGAUAC